UUAUUUUUUGUUAUUUUUUCCUCGCACGACAUGAAUUUUUCUAUUCAAAGCGUUGCAGAUUUCUGGUCGUCGGGUCCGAUGCGGAUUCCCAUCGCGUCGGCGAUCCUGAAUUGGGUAUCCUUGGGGAAUCCUCUGAAGGCAGUAUUCGCUUCAUAGCCUGCUGGAUUCGUUGUUGCAGAGGAAGUUUGCCAUGGGAUAUCACGUUGGUUUCAUGGGUGUGUGAAGGAGCUGCGGAAAUGCUCGAUAAUUGGAACCGGGAAUUGAAUUACAGGAAGCUGAUGGACGGCGGUAGGGGAGCUGGGGCAGGAGAUGGAGCAGUACCAGCAGCAGCAGCAGCAGAAGCGGUGACUGUGGAUUUGAGCAUGUGCAACCAGUGUGGGAAUCUUAUAGAAAACACGGUGACCUAUUGUCAUGCCUGCUACGACCUGCGAUCGGAGAGCGAUUUCCGAAACGAGCGGCGAUGGCGUGAACUCGAGGGCGAUUUCAUGGUGGUGGAGGCGGAUUUGCACAAGGAGAGGGCUGCCACCAAGCGUUUGGAGGGGGCGUUGCAAUCUUUCAGGCAUAUGCUGUUGCAAGGUAUCCAUGCCGAUGUGACGAUCGAGACGGGAGAAUUCGAUAGAACACCUGCUCAUCGUGCUGUUCUUGUAAGCAUUGUUUGUGCAGGAAUUUGGAGAUUUCCUUUCCUGUAUAAGGCUAGCAGGUCACCAGUCUUUAGAGCAAUGUUCGAACAUGAACUGAAGGAAAAGACGUGUGCCCACAUACAUGUCGCUGAUGUGUCCACUCCGGCCAUGCGUGCUCUGCUGCUCUAUCUCUACACAGGAGAUCAUGACACAAAAGUCAUGAAGGAACACGGCAUGGCUCUAUUGACUGCUGCACAUAAGUACGACAUUCCUGAUCUGAAGAGGGUGUGUGAAACGGCAGUUGCAAAUUCAGUUAAACCUUCCAAUGUGAUCGAGACCCUACAACAAGCACGAUUAUACGAUGCAACUUGGGUUAAAAGAGCUUGUGUUGACUGCAUUGCUCAAAACUUGGAGAAGAGAAAGGUUCUGAACUGCCAAUUGAGAGAAAAUGUCGUGGUGUUGCAGAGCAACUUGUGGCACCAUUUCUGCAGCUUGUAUAAAGACCCGCAGCAUAAACUGCUUUGUGGCUGAGUUAUUCAAUUCCACUUAUUGCAGCAUCA